AUGAACUCGAAUAUGCCGCCUUCCAAAGAUGUAGGGUUAGCACGGUUUGCGUGCACCCAUUGCCGGCAAAAGAAGAUCAAAGCUGAACCAGCCAAAAAAGCAGCAACUAUCCUUCCUCAAAACACCAGCAACGUAGACCAGCGUCUUUCGCGUGUUGAGAAAGCCCUGGAUACGCUCUCUGACGUGAUCAAUACGUCUCUCAUAAGUUCUGCUGGAAAUCGUGGAGUCUCUGAAGCUCCUUCAAGCACAACAAGGUCAAAUGUAGAAGCAGCGACAUCAUAUCGAACGCCAAUUGGAGAAGAAGAUGCUCCUGAGCUCACUCUAGACCAUUCGCAUUCAUUCUCAUACUUGAGCGAAGCUUCGCGACACUUAGAUGUUAUCAAGAAUAUGUCGCGACAAGGGCGACUUGCAGAACACCAGGCAGCAUCCUCCGCAUUGCAGGACCUAUCCAAAUCUCUGACUACAGUUAGCCUCCAACAGCCACGCACAGAUGCAGCAGCUUUUGAGUCUCUCAAUGGAUACUAUGUUCCCUCCCGAGCAGCUGGGUAUAACUUGAUAAGCUAUUUCCUUCAAAGUGCACAACUCGCUGAUAUCUUAUUCAUCACUCCACUGGAUGACCUUCUCUUGAACGUCAUAUUCGAUCCAGCUACAGUGCCUCAACGCGCUUGGAUUGUCUACGUCAACUUUAUUCUUCUCACCCUUCUUCAAAACGACAGCUCUCAAUCAGAUGUUGUUGAGAGCCUCCAGAAGAACACAGAAAUGGCACUAAAUGACUGUAGAAUAUUCUUAGAGCCCAGCGAGAUAAACGUCCAGGCACUCCUGUUAUUAGGGUGCCACGGCGAGCAAUACGCCUCUCCCAAUCUCUCUUGGAUGCUUGUAGGCCAUGCUUGCCGCCAAGCUCAAGCCCUUGGCUUGCACGUGAAUGUUCCGCUGCCCGACUUCCAAUACCUCCUAGGCUACCAUCCGCACAGGAGUCAACCCAUCGUUACAGAGAACGGCUCUUCUACCUCGACCUUUGGCGCCCAUUUUUUCAUCCAAGGAAUGAAAUUGGCCAAGUUAACCGGAGCGGCGCUCAGUCUUCUUGCAAGUCCUGGAAAUAUCGCAGACUAUCAAGCUUUGGCCGCCAAACUACGGUCAUGGGAUUCAUAUACAAAUGAACUCUUGUUGAAGGUUUUGAAUGAAGAAUCCGCUACCUCAACAGCUCAUCAGAUCCAAGAGAUGACGAUUGGUGUACGCGCAAUGAGAUUUCAGUAUCUGCACAUCCUGGUCCUAGUAUUACGCAAGGACCCCAGCAGCAGAGAACGUCGCGUUCAAGCCGCUCGGGAUGCCAUCAUGCUUCUCCCAGACCUAGUCUCAAACUCGAUCCAUGUGUACAAUGGACUCGUCUGGCAAGUCCCAUGGCAACUAUUAUACUAUCCCUUUACGCCAUUCUUUACACUGUUUGGCCAUAUCAUGGACCAUCCAUCGGAACCAAGUACACCGCAAGACCUCGAGCUGCUCCAAAAGACAGCAACAUAUUUCAAGAGCAUGAAACAAUUCGGUUCCCUUCCCGCAGUUUCUUCCAAACUGGAAAAAACGGCUCUAGUCUUCUGUAAUUUGGCAGAUUUUGCCAUAUCCGGUGAACAUACCGCCGAGGACGCACAAGAUCAACAGUCUACAGCGACAGGGACCAGUUCAGAAGAGUCCAUGAUGCCAGCAACAGCCUCAGAAGAAUCCACUGUUUGUGGAAUGGAUACUUCUUCCAGCGAAGCUGAUUUCGAGUUAUAUACCAACGCUUUUAUGGCUUACAUCAGAGACCAAGACCUAAAUGAGCAGUCAGGCUUUGACAAUAUUGACAUCGAGAACAUACUAGGCUGCUUGGAUUCUGAUGGUCCUUCACCACGCAAGCGCAAGAGGUCAUUUGAUAACACAAUGGACUGGUUUUCUUGGGACACAUAUUAUUGCAAGGAAUAA